UAAAACCAAACCUUGGACCUCUGUCAGGCUGGGAGAGGAAAAUGAUAUUUUCGAACUAGUCCACAGCGUGGACAGGAAAUGACCCCUCCAGAAACUGCUUCUUUAAAAACGAGCGGUGGUGCCUGAAGCCAUCCAGCUCUCCGGAGCCUGUGCUCUCCCUCUCCCUCCCGCUCCCUCCCCGGCUCGCUCCUCUCCUCUCUUCUCCUCUCUUUCCCUCUCCGCUCCGCUCCCCCCCCCGCCGCCUCCUGCUCUAGAGGGCUCCCACAGCAGUUCCCAGCCAGUGUGUGCAGCCUGUAUGUGUGUGUGUGCGCCUGCUGCUACUUUGUACUGUGGAGAACACACAGCCCAUGUGCUCUGUAUGGAUGUUGGUGAUACUCUGGGUAGCUUGAAUCGCUGCAAGCAGGCAAGAUGUCCAGCACACCACAUGACCCUUUCUAUUCUUCUCCUUUUGGCCCAUUUUAUAGGAGACACACACCAUACAUGGUGCAACCAGAGUACCGAAUAUAUGAAAUGAACAAGAGGCUGCAGUCGCGUACAGAGGAUAGUGACAACCUCUGGUGGGAUGCCUUUGCAACUGAAUUUUUUGAAGAUGAUGCAACCUUAACCCUUUCAUUUUGUUUGGAAGAUGGACCAAAGCGAUACACAAUUGGAAGGACCCUCAUUCCUCGUUAUUUUAGCACUGUCUUUGAAGGAGGUGUAACAGACCUGUAUUACAUUCUCAAGCACUCUAAAGAGUCAUACCACAACUCAUCCAUCACAGUGGACUGUGAUCAAUGCACCAUGGUCACUCAGCAUGGAAAACCCAUGUUUACCAAGGUAUGCACUGAAGGACGUCUUAUCUUGGAGUUUACUUUUGAUGAUCUUAUGAGAAUAAAAACAUGGCACUUUACUAUUAGACAGUACAGAGAAUUAGUCCCACGCAGCAUUCUAGCCAUGCAUGCACAAGACCCUCAGGUGCUGGAGCAGCUGUCCAAAAACAUCACUCGAAUGGGUCUGACAAACUUCACCCUCAACUACCUCAGGUUGUGUGUAAUACUGGAGCCAAUGCAGGAACUGAUGUCAAGACAUAAAACUUACAAUCUAAGUCCUCGAGACUGCUUGAAGACGUGCUUGUUUCAAAAAUGGCAGAGAAUGGUGGCCCCACCAGCAGAACCCACAAGACAACCGACAACCAAACGGAGAAAAAGGAAAAACUCUACCAGCAGCACUUCGAACAGCAGUGCUGGGAACAACGCAAACAGCACCAACAGCAAGAAAAAGUCAGCUGCUGCAAACCUGAGUCUAUCAAGUCAGGUACCUGAUGUGAUGGUGGUAGGAGAACCAACUCUGAUGGGAGGCGAAUUUGGGGAUGAAGACGAAAGGCUUAUCACUAGAUUAGAGAAUACACAGUAUGAUGCAGCAAAUGGCAUGGAUGAUGAAGAAGAUUUCAACAAUUCACCUGCACUGGGAAAUAACAGCCCGUGGAACAGCAAACCUCCUGCUAACCAGGAGACUAAAUCUGAAAACCCCACACCACAAGCUUCCCAAUAGGUUAUUCUGCAGCAGUAGCCACUGCGAUGUAUGUCAGUGGGUUGCUAAUUACUGUUUCACAACAUUCGUGGAAAAAAAAAUUUAAAAAAACCUUUCAAUGGAUACAGUAUCUAUUUCUAAACUAAAGCUAUCUGAUUUUUUUUUAAUUAGGGAAAAAUCUUUUAUAAGCUUCCCUAUACAUUUCUUGGAAGCUUUCACAUACAACAUGAUACUGGCACUGACCUCAAUUAAAAUAAUUGAAAAUUAAAUAGCAUCUCAUGGCAAACUUCUGACAAUGCAUUCUACUGGAGGGGUUGUUUUUUUCCUCAUCAAACAAUGGCCAUAUUUUAACAAGUCAUCAGUGCUCAGGAUCUCAUUAACACAACUAUGUAAAACUUUUUACAAUUGUAAUAUAUUUUCUGCUUUUCAACUUGCACCUGAAAUUUCUUGUUUCAGAAAAAAAAA